CAUUAUCCAUUCACACUGAGAUGUUCUGUCUGAUUAGGUAUAAAACAGUAAUAGAAAAAUAUAUGUACAGUCAGCCGAGAUAUUCAUAGCAGCUGAUGUGCAAUGUUUUUACUUAUUUUUGUUGUUAUUUAUUUAUUUUGUUCCAUUUGAGCUGAGGUCUUAAUCUAAAAUAAACAAACAAUUAACAUAUUUCCUUAUUGCAGCCACUGAAUGGAUUGGGACGUCCAAAAGAUCAUGGGGAGCUUGUGUGACUCAGCUGUUUAGUGCAAUUGGAGAGUGCGUCCUCGCUGGUAUGAUCUAUGGCAUCCGAAACUGGAGACUGGCUCAGCUGAUCACAGCAGUUCCGCUUGCAGUGCUUAUUAUCUACAUAUGGUUUAUUCCAGAGUCAGCCAGGUGGCUGUUAAGCAGAGGCAGAAAAGAAGAAGCCAAACAGCUCAUUGUCAAAGCAGCAGCCAUUAACAAACACCCUGUGUCAGAGUCUCUUCUGGACAAGAUUGAAGUGAAUAACACUGUGAAUAACGAAGGAAUAAAAAUCAUCUUCAAAUCAUCACUGCUGACCAGAUAUUUCUUUAUUAUAAUACUAUCAUGGUUUUCCGUGAACCUUUCCAUCUACAGUUUGUACUUAGACAUGCAAAACUUUGGUUUGAGCAUCUUUGUAACCCAACUCCUUUAUGGUGUUUUUGAAGUACCAUCUGUUUUACUCUCCAUGUGGCUGCUGGAGAUUUUUGGGAGGAAAAUAUUAUUCAUAGCAACCCUUCUGAUCGGAGGAGUCUCCUCCAUACUUAUCCUCGCUGUUCCUGAUAGUUACGCCAUUUCUGUCACAUCUUUAGCUGUUGUGUCUCGUUUUUUCUUGAUAUGGGCUGGCUCUGUUUGUAUGGUCUUUAUGCAGGAGUUGUUUCCAACUCGGUUAGACAAACAGCCACAGCUUUAG